CUCAGGUAGCUUUGCCGCUUUAUUUAUGCUCUGGUAGCCGUCGUCGUCGGAGGGGAAGGCCGGAGGGAUAGAGAUCAAGAGUGAAGAAAGAGAGCAGGAAGAAGAUUGUGACCAGUAAACUCUGCCGGCUUCAGUUCUUUUGAUCACUUCACUUUACUUCUCUUCUGUUCGCCACGCACAAUUUACUCAAUUAACCAGCCACAGUUAUUUCUUUAUGGAGGGGGAAGGCACAGGAAUGAAGAAGAUUAUGGAUGAGAAAUCGAGUAAUCACAGGGAUGCUUCUGAUAGUGUUAAUAUCCCUUCAUGUUGCUUGAAAGCUAGGUCCUCUGCCCCUGAGCUUGAAGCCAAAUGCCAUUCCACAGUUGUUUCUGGAUGGUUCUCAGAACCUUAUUCCCCCUCAGGUGAAGGUCAAAAGCAUGUAUAUUUCAAUAAUCCAAUGUGGCCAGGAGAAGCACAUUCACUUAAAGUGGAGAAGAUUUUGUUCAAGGAGAAAUCUCAGUACCAAGAAAUUAUGGUUUUUGAGUCUUCAACAUAUGGGAAAGUGCUUGUUCUGGAUGGCAUUGUUCAGUUAGCAGAGAAAGAUGAGUGUGCAUAUCAGGAGAUGAUAGUUCAUCUUCCCCUUUGCUCCAUUGAAUCUCCUAAAACCGUGUUGGUUGUAGGAGGUGGCGAUGGUGGUGUUCUUAGGGAAAUUUCUCGCCAUAACUCAGUAAAACUAAUUGAUAUAUGUGAAAUUGAUAAGAUGGUUAUUGAUGUUAGUAGGAAGUUCUUCCCUGAGUUGGCUAUUGGUUUUGAGGAUCCUCGCGUUCGACUCCAUGUUUGCGACGCUGUCGAAUUCUUACGUCGUGUACCUGAAGGGAAGUACGACGCGAUCAUUGUUGAUUCCUCGGACCCUGUAGGUCCUGCUCAAGAACUUGUGGAGAGACCAUUUUUCGAGACAACAGCGAGAGCAUUAAGACCUGGCGGAGUUUUCUGUAGCAUGACAGAAAGUAUGUGGCUUCACACACAUUUAAUUCAGGAUAUGGUUUCUAUUUGCCGCGAAACAUUCAAGGGUUCUCUUCAUUAUGCUUGGGCAAAUGUUCCAACAUAUCCAAGCGGUGUUAUUGGUUUCCUUUUAUGCUCGACUGAGGGCGGGGGUGCAGCUGUGGAUUUUCUUAGGCCUAUCAAUCCCAUUGAGAAGAUAGAGGGAGCUCUGGAACAGAGAAGAGAAUUGAUGUUCUACAACUCCCAGAUUCACAAAGCCGCGUUUGCCUUACCUUCGUUUUUGAAGAGGGAGGUUCCUGCACUCCAAUAACAGUCUGAUGGGGGAAUCUCCAAAGAGGAGAGUAACACAUUAUUAUUAUUAUGAUGAUGAUAUUUAUAUAUAUAUAGAAGCAAACUGUCCAAUUCUGAAAAACAAUUCUAAACUGUUUUGCAACAUUGCCUUGAUCACAUAUUAUAUUAUGCUUAAUAUGAAGGUACAAGUAUGUAUCCCUCCUAUUGGAUUAUAUA